ACAUGGGUGGAACUACAUUAAAGAAAUUAUCGAAAUAAAAUUAAGCUGUAUGACCUUUCUAAAGUUGACUUUCCUGUUGUGAUAUUUCUAUCGGGGGUUUACUCACGUAAGUGUCGAAUAGCCGAGGAUUAAAGUUUAUCCGACAUAAGCACUGCAGUCUGGUGCGCGGAAUCCGUCACUACUGUCGAACAGUUGAAAAGAUUUUUUCGGCGAGAGAGAACGAGAGUCGCGUGAUACGUGACCGCGAUAUUAAGGUUAAUCCUGGCCCGUCUGUCCAAGUCCCACCAUAAACUCGGCACGCUCGUCGCGAUUAGUAAUUGAAGUGCUUUCAUCAUUGUUCGCGCGUAUAUCGAGAAGCAAGUUAAAUAGAGAAAGAGGAAAGGAGAAAAGACAGAAAGAGAGAGAGAGAGAAUCAAAGAAAUGAGCGGGAAAGAGAAACAGGGAUGCCAAUCGCGGCACAGUCGAAGAAAACAAAGAUGGAAAAUGAAAGAAUAGGUUAACACGUUGACUGUCGCACGAAUUUCCUAUAUUUUGACCUAGGAGCCGCAACAGAUCGAAACAUAUUAUGGCAUAAUAUUUAAUUUUUGUAAAAUUAAAUUGUUAAUUAUUGUAUUUGCACACAUUUUUUCUAACAAUAUUAUUUACAGACUGCGGAUUUUUAUUGCAAAUACGUAUUUUUGUAAAUCUAAUUAAACAAAUGGAAUCUAAGUAGAAAUUUAUUUCAUCCACUGAAUAUUAUAAGAAGGACCAUACGUUGGAUAUUUUGUAUAUAAUGUGCAUUUUUGUAAUUUCAAAUUUUCUAUAUAAAAGAACAAAAAUUCGCAACCUAGUUACUUUAAUCAUUCACGUUAUUAACAGUUUGUUAGUUUAUGAAAUUUAUCUUAUUUUAAUUACUCUAAGAAAUUUGGUAACUCAUGACCAGCGUGGUAGUUAACGUAUUAAGAAGAAAAUAGACGGAAAAUUGUAAAAUUUGAAAGUUUAGGAAAGAAUAGGAAAUCAAAGAAUAGAAUUGGUGUGUUUCUACGGGAGAAAAGGAAAUGUAUAAAGGUUAAAGAUGGAAAAUAUACAAAAGAAAAGAAGAAAGAAUUAUAUAAUUAGGGAAAAUGACAAUAUCGAAUGUAUCUUUCGAGCUAUCGAUAUCAAUAUCAGGACGUGUCAAUCGACACGAUUAAAAAAUUCAAUUAAAUGAGCUUGAUAAAAGUUGAGAGAGCAGUGAUCUGGCUCACGGCUUCUAACACAGGUGGCUUUUUGGACAGCGCUAUCGUUGAAGCUAGACAAAUUGAAGAUUCUACCAUUAUGCAUCGAUUAUGUUAUAUUACCAUGUUUGCAGCUGUAGGAGUGUUAGGGAUGGAUUCUUACGAUCUCUACAAGAAGUGCAACAGAAGUUCUCAGGAAUUAAAGAAACUGGAUGUCACACAAUAUCAUGAUCCUAGAUAUUAUCUUCCCCUGGGGCGGGACCUCUUCCAUCUACCUGAAGAAGAAUAUAUCGAAAAGCUUGAGAACGGGCAGCAACGAUCCCUUAAUAGAGACAAUAGAAAUUCAUUGCCUGACUAUCAUAGUCUAUGUGAAACUGUAACGGAAGCAGUGCGGCUAGAUGAUUCUGAGUACGAGUACCAACCGCCUCUUUAUCACGAAGUUUACUGUAAAAGUUACAAUUUGCUAGAUAGCUUGCAACGCGCCACGAAUCCAUCGAAGCAGAAAUGCGUGCAUAAUGGCUUUCAUUGCGUGCAAAGAAGUAAAAGCUUGUUAUUGGUAAGGCGGCGAUGGGAGAACGAAUGUUGGGAACCUUACGUCAAGCAGAUUGCCAGUGGUUGUGAUUGCAUGUGGCCAAAAUCUGCCCUAGGAGAUAUAACUAAUCAUUAUUAGUCUCCAAUAGUCUAUGUGUAGUCCAUAGGUGAAGCAGAAAGGUUAACGAUUAAGGAAUGGAAAGAUAAAUUCUUCUGGCAUCACAUUUCAAUCCAUUGG